UCCCGGCCAAGAAUGUUAGCGCGAAAGGUCAAGACCUACUCUUUCGUGUGGAAUACAUCAAAGGAAAACUGUAUGCCGGCAUUAAUGACCUUGGUGACGUGUACGAUGAAAUUAAAGCUCUUUUCACCAAGCAGGGUGUUGACUUCCAGAACAGCGUCCAGAACACUGGGCUUGCCGCUUCGUCAAAUUGCCUUCAUUCUCUUUCCCCCGCACAGGAACAAAGUUGAUGGAAACAGUGAAAGGCACCAUCGGUAUGACUCAUCGUUUUAUGCGCCACAUAUUUAUGUCCGCCCACCGUUUACCCUUGCACGUGUUAUAAUGAUACCACAAUCGUGAUGGGAGGACACCUAUGGCGGUAAUUUAUACAA